AUGGAUGGUGUGCAAAACUGUGUGAAGGUUUCUGUCGAACACUCUAGUUCGUUCAAAUCGUGCUGGGGACUACGACUUUCUAGCCUGUUGUUCAACAUUGCGCCAGAAAAUGAAAUGCGGAGAGCCGGUGUAACAGCCGAGAUCGUCAACGUGGCGUGGUGGCGCGGUGACGACGCAGUGGGACGACCAGAAUGCGGAAGUGCCGCACAUCCGUCGAACAACGUCCCGGACCGAGUCGAUUAUGGGGAGUGCGAUAAAUUGGAACAAUGGAUCUACGAGUACGGCAGGAAAUCGCGUAUUCUUCCUGUUUCGUCGGGUAAGUUUGACAGUGGUAUAUGUCCCGCCGAAGCCCGGGAUGAUACUGCACCAAAAAUAAGUGGUCCAACCUCAUUCCAGCCCGAUACUUCCGCAUCCUGCAACCUUCGAUUGUCCGACAUCAGUUUACGCAUUUAUUAUCAAAAUGUCCGAGGCCUGCGAACUAAAAUCGAUGACUUUUUCUUGUCAACUACCGACUCGAACUAUGACGCUAUAGUUCUUACGGAGACGUGGUUGGAUGACAGAAUCUAUUCGGCACAACUGUUCAACCGCCAAUACGAGAUUUUUCGGAAUGACCGCAACCGCCUAAACAGUUAUAAACUACGUGGAGGUGGUGUACUGAUCGCAAUUUGGGUAAAGAUAAAAACACAACAAAGGUCGGUAAGCGUCGGCGUGCUCUAUCUCCCCCCGGAUCGUAAAUCUGAUUUGAAUUGCAUCGAAAAUCAUAAUAACUCGAUUGGGACUGUUUUCUCCAAACUAAGCUUGAAUGAUUUCGCACAAUCCAACAAGCCACCAUCACUCGACGCACUUCGUUCAAGCAUCUCAGAUUCCUGCUCUACUCUACUGGAUGGUUUCAGCCUACGUGGUCUUGUCCAAGUAAAUCACGUACUUAACAGAAAUAGUCGACUACUAGACUUCAUCCUUGUGAAUGAACCCGCUCUUUCCGAAUGCUCGGUACAGGAAGCUGUUGAACCUUUGCUAAAUAUCGAUGCCGAUCAUCCUGCGCUAGAAACCUGCAUCAACAUGCCAAGCCCAAUGCAAUUCGAAACAUUUGAUGAAGUGAACAGUUUGGACUUUCGUCAAGCGAACAUAGUUGCAUUGAAACGAAAGUUUGAUCAAAUGGACUGGGAGCCUAUUCGUAUGGCAACCAACGUGGACGAAGCUGUUGAAUAUUUCACCAGUGUGGUUAACAUGGCAAUCGUUGAGAACGUUCCUUUGCGUCGACCGCCUCCAAAACCUGCGUGGGCAAAUGCUCGACUUCGCAAAUUAAAACGAUUCAGAUCAGCGGCACUCAGAAAAUAUAUCCAAAAUCGCAAUCCGUUCUCCAAGCAACUAUUUACUCGAGCCAGCAACGAGUAUCGUCUGUACAAUCGAUAUCUAUACCGAUGCUACACCAAACGCAUUCAGAACAAUCUUCGCUUGAAUCCAAAUCAGUUCUGGUCGUUCGUCAGAACAACAAAGAAUGAAGAUGGCUUACCUACUGAAAUUUUCCUUGGCGAACGUCAAGCCCCAUCUCAAGUAGAUUUAGCGAUUCUGAAUACGCCCAGAGAUUUGAUCAGCCUCAACAUUAUCUCCGUCACCCCGGAACUGGUCGAUUCGGCUAUAAAGAAGCUAAAGUUCUCCAAUUCACCUGGACCCGAUGGAUUUCCUUCCUCCCUGCUGAAAAAAUGUUCAUCACAACUGAUCCAUCCUUUGACAACAAUAUUCAACCUGUCCCUGGAACAGGGUGUAUUCCCAAAGGGGUGGAAAUCAUCGUACAUGUUUCCAAUUUCGUGGAAUAACUUCACUUUGUGCUUGUUCCAAAGUACUUGA